AUGAUGGCGAAGAUGUUGAAGAGGACCGCAUUGAAGAAUAACGGAGAAGGAGCAAGAAAUACAAAGGGGACGAAGAGAAUGACGGGAGCAGGAGGGACUUACACAGAGAACGUGACCAUGGAUGUAGCCGUAGCCAUGAGGAAAGAAGAAUCAGAUUCUCUCCCUCUCUCUCUCUCUCUCUUACACACACACACACAGCGCCCACUUCUUCUGCUCGCGGCGGCCGAGCGGUUACAUAGUUAUUUCGGAUCUCUGCUAGCUCUGGAGUGUUUGAUUCGUAUUAUUUUUAGGGUUUCUGCGACUAAGGACUCGAAGCUCUUUCAUCCUGCAAAUCAGCAGUUGAAUAGACUUCAGAUUCAAGAAAACAACAAUUUCUUCUUCAAAGAUAGAACCAUAACAGAUCGAUCUGGUAGUGAUGUUCAUGUUGUUACUAGAAAUGAUCGUUAUUCACCUUCAUGGAGUUUUCGAUGGGAUAACAGAGGGCGUGUAGCAGAAACCGCAUAUGCAACAGAAGAAGGAAGCCCUUUGGAUAGUUCUAGAAGCCUCACAUGGCAAAAGUCUUCACCUUCUGAAGAAAUUGGGUUUCCUCAAUCACAUCCUUUGAAUUCCAAGAAUCUUCCUGAGGGAAAGGAGUCAAUGGGAACUCCAUUAACUUCAGACCAAUCUCCAACAAAAACAUCAACGCCACCUCAUUCAAUUUCAUCCUUGUCAGCAUCACCUCUAUCCUCCUCCCAAGGCCACCUCCCGCCGCUCUCAACCCUAACCCCAUCACGAUGGCCCCGCCCAUCCCCAAACCACCACCACCACCACCUCCUCCGGCAAGUCUCCGACAGCCGAAUCCGCGGCAUAAUGUCCCCAAACUUUUCAAUCUCCGAAGACGGUUCACCUUCACCUUUCACCCACCCAGGGUGGGCCCACAAGUCAACUCGCGGGUCCCACGGCGGGUCAUCCGAUGCAUCAUCCGAGCCCACCUACUCCGAGCUCAUGGCAAUUUAUAACAAUUCCAAAAGAUGGUCUUUUGAUAGCGAAUCUUUAAGUUUUAGUCGCGAUAGGGUAAGCAGAUGUAGUGGUAGGGUUUCUUCUUCACCUUCCGUUGAUGUUCAACCGUGUGGUGUCUGCUCCAAGCUUUUGACCGAAAGAUCGUAUUGGGGCAACCAGAAGGUGGCGGCGGCGGCGGGGUUGGCGGUAAAUGGGCUUCCGGUGGCGGCGGUUUUGAUAUGUGGGCAUGUUUAUCAUGCGGAGUGUUUGGAAAACAUGACACCUGAGGUGAACAAGUAUGACCCCGCAUGUCCCGUGUGUACUUUUGGGGAAAAAAAGGUUUUUAAAUUAUCGGAAAAGGCACGAGGGGAAAUGGAUUUGAAGGGUAAGAUUGGUAAAUUGAGGAAAAGGGUGAUUGAUGGUGAUUUGGUUUUGUUUGAUGGGGUGAAAAGUAGAGGGCCAAGAAUGGGAGCAAGUUCUAGUAUGAAGAGUUCUUCGGUUUUUUUGGUCAAAAUCAAACAAGGAGUGAAGUUUCUUGAUUUAAAAGGUAGGGGUACUUAUAAUAUUUCUAAAGAAAGAGAAGAUAUGAUAUAUGAUAUAUGAUAUAUGAUAUAUGAUAUAUGUAUGUAGUUGUUUCACCUUCAUCAUCUCCACUCCAGCAUUGAGAGUUGAAAGCACAGGUGAAUGAAUACUCAUUCAUAUACAACAGCUGGGAAGAAUAAUAUUAUAUAUGAUGAAUUUCUAGAUUUAUUAUUUGUUUUUUUUUUUUACUUUUUGUAUUUUGUAAAGUAUUAUUUAUGAUUAUUUUGUGUUGAUUCUCUCGCAUUUAAAUGUAUGUAUUUUCUCAGCCCAUA